AUGCAGAGUGAUCAGCUGAGCACGACUCAGAUUCGGAUCCGAGCAAGAGCAAGCUCUUGGCUGACUGCAGUGAAAAGGGCUUUCAGGUCUCCAACGAAAGAAAACGAUAAGAGAAGAGCAGUAGCAGGAGAAGAGAAGAACACGAACAGCAGGAGGAGGAGGAAAAGUACAAUCUCAAAGACCCUUCUAAGAGGGGGAAAGCGACGAUGGAUUUUUAGGAAGCCUUUUAGUCAAGAACCAGAAGUCUCUCAGGUUUUUGAGGAGAGAACUACAACCACCAUCGCUGAUAUUACAGCAACAAGUAGUAAUGUUUCUGAGGCAGCUGAUGAUGAUCCGCAAAGACACGCCAUUGCAGUAGCCAUGGCAACUACGGCAGCUGCUCAGGCAGCCGUAGCAUCUGCUCAGGCAGCCGUGGAGGCUGUUCGGCUUGCAAAGCCGUCCAUCUUUGUCAGACGCCAUCAUGCUGCCACGACUAUUCAAGCGGCCUUCAGAGGUUAUCUGGCGAGAAGAGCACUAAGGGCACUUAAGGGGUUAGUGAAGCUGCAGGCAUUAGUGAGAGGUCAUAAUGUCCGCAAAAGAGCAAAAUUCAAUCUUCAGUGCAUGCAAGCCCUUGUUCGAGUUCAAUCACGGCUGUGUGAACAGAGAGCAAAGAGGAUUUCUAAUCACGGAGGAAGCUGA